AUGGCGAUUAUAAAAAUACAGGAUUAUGCUUACGAAUUGUUCAUAUUAUUAUUGAUGGUUUUUACUGUGUUGUACGUGUGGUUCCAAUAUAAGUUUACUUAUUGGAGCAGCAAAGGAGUGUUCGGUCCUACACCGGUAUUCCCUUUCGGGAAUAUACAGGAUGUUAUAAAAAGGAAGACGCAGUUCUUUCAGCCGUAUUGCGACAAUUAUUUCAAGUAUAAACAUUUACCAUAUAUAGGAAUGUAUUGUUUUAAUAAGCCCGUAUUGAGUAUACACGACGCGGACUUAGCUAAGCACAUACUUAUAAAGGAUUUCGAACAUUUCCAAUCACAUGGGAUAUUUUCUGGUGGAGUCGGGGAUCCAUUGGCUGGACAUCUUUUCAAUUUGCACGGGUCAGCGUGGAAACUUCUGAGGAAUAAAAUGACAUCAGCUUUUUCGGCAUGUAAAUUGAAAUGUAUGUAUCCCUUAGUGGAGAAAAUAUCUAAGGAAGCGCUUGCAUACGGCGACGUUUUGCACGCGAGAGGUGAAUCCAUAAAUUUUUCGGAGUUUUACGAAAAGUAUACUAUGGAAAUAAUUGGUAGUGUCGGCUUCGGAGUGGAGUGUAACGGUUUUAAAAAUUCAAAUUCUGAAUUUUAUUUACGCGGACACGAGUACUUCAAUCCUAAUUCGUUGUAUUGGACACUAAUCAGGGCUUUGGCGUUCUUCAUGCCAAAUUUCUUUGAUAAGCUGAAGAUAAGACGAAUUAAUCCGGACAUUUUAAACUUUUUCGAUAAUUUAGUGAGAGAGACCGUCGAGUACAGACACAGACAUAGCUACAAAAGAAACGACUUCCUUCAAACUCUCAUAGAUUUGAAUAACGAUUCUAGUAAAUGUGAAGAACGCGAAUCCCAAAAGGGGGGUUUCACAUUAACAGAUGUCACGUCAAACACUAUGCUAUAUAUGUUUGCGGGUUACGAGACCUCGGCCACUACUGGGCAGUUUGCGGCUUAUGAGCUGGCAAAAAAUCCCCACAUUCAGACCAAGGCUAGGGAAGAAAUAAGAAAGGUCCUCGCUAAAUACGACGGCGAAUGCAGUUACGAGGCCCAGGGAGAAAUGACAUAUAUGAAUAUGAUUCUUGAUGAGACGAUGCGAAUGUACCCGCCACUUCGAUCGCUUUUCCGUGGAUGCACAAAGGAAUAUAGAAUACCUGAUAGUGACGUCACAAUUGAGGAAGGCACUCUAGUGCUUAUACCGAUCCAUUCAAUCCAGAUGGAUCCGGAAAUAUUCCAAGAUCCGGAGACAUUCGAUCCGGAGAGAUUUUCUCCUGAGAGGAAGAAACUUAUACAUCCCUGCCAUUGGAUGCCUUUUGGUGAAGGACCGCGGAAAUGUCUAGGUCUCCGUCAAGGGUACAUUCAGUCGAAACUGGCUCUAGUCAAGUUAUUACACAAGUAUGAACUCUUGUUGGAUGACCGUACAGCCGUUCCUAUGAAGAUUAAGGCCACGUCACUAGCUUGCGCCGCUGACGGCGGCGUGUGGAUACGACUAAAGAAACUAACGGAAAGUGUAAACUAG